AGGAGCCAUGUCUGUCGCAGCAUCUCUCCAUGACAACACUAGAAGAUGUGCCAAUUUUGCUCCUGACAUUUGGGGGAAUAUGUUUCUUCAACAUGCUUCAGAAUCUGAGGAUGUUGAUGACAGCGUGGAGCAUAAAGUGCAUAAAGAGAAACUAAAGAUGUUUAUACCUUCCAACCGUCAGAGUCGUUCAGAAAUGCUAAACUUCAUUGACUUGGUCCAACGUUUUGGAGUCUCUUACCACUUCGAACAAGAGAUUGAAGAAGCGUUGGCAAAGAUUCACAGCAUGUAUGCCAGCAACAACAACAUCCUUAUCAUGCAUCAGGAUGGAGAUGAUGAUCUUCACUCUCUUGCUUUACUCUUUCGAUUGCUGAGGCAACAUGGAUAUCCCAUUUCAUCUGAUGUAUUUGAGAGAUUCAAGGACGACAAAGGAGAGUUUAAUAUUAAUCAAAAUCUUACCAAGGACGUCGAAGGAAUGUUGGCCUUGUAUGAAGCGGCACAAUUAGAGAUUCAUGGAGAGAAUAUACUUGAUGAAGCUCUUCAUUUCACUUACACUCACCUUAAAUCCCUCACUGAUAACAACCAAUUGAGCCCUAUUCUCAAUGCACAAGUCAGCCACUGCUUAAGUCAGCCUCUGCACAAGAGAUCGCUUAGGCUAGAGGCAAGACAUUACAUGUCUUUCUACCAGCAGCAAGAUCCUUCCCAAAAUCAGAUGAUAAUGUUGCUCAACUUUGCAAAGCUAGAUUUCAAUAUGCUGCAGAAACUGCAUCGAAAAGAGCUUGGCAAUAUCACCAAGUGGUGGAAAGAAUCAGAAUUUACGAGGAAGGUACCCUAUGCUAGAGAUAGGUUGGUGGAGUCCUACUUUUGGGCUUUAUCCCUGUCCUAUGAGCCUCAAUUCAGCAUUGCAAGAAUGUUAGCUGGCAAGCUGGUUGCUAUUAUCGCUGUUCUUGAUGAUACCUAUGAUGUCUAUGGCAAACUUGAAGAACUUGAGCCCUUCACAGAGGCCAUCCACAGAUGGGAUAUAGGUCUCAUUAAAUCUCUUCCAGAGUGCAUGAAAGUGGUGUUUGAGGCAAUUAUCAACUCGGCUAAUGCGUACUUGAUGGAAGCAAAAUGGUGCCAUGAACACUGCGUUCCAAGCUAUGAGGAGUACAAGGAUAAUGGAGCUGUUUCUACUACUUGCCCACUUCUGAUAUCUUCAUUUCUCGGCCUUGGAAACCUUGCAACCAAAGAGGUGUUUGAAUGGCUUGCCACACAUCCCAAAAUUAUUGGGACCAUGUCAACGAUUGGCAGACUCCUCGAUGACAUGGCCACUCAUAAGUUGGAGCAGGAGAGAAAGCAUGUUGCUUCAGGAGUUGAGUGUUGCAUGAAACAAUUUGGAGUUUCAGAAGAAGAGGCUCAUAAAAUGCUCAACGAUGACAUCAAGAAUUGCUGGAAGGAUAUUAACGAAGAGUGCCUGAAUAAUCCACACAACGUCCCAAAGUCUGUGCUUGAUUGUGUCGUCAAUUUGGCUCGAGCGGCUGAGGUUUUCUAUGAAAACAAGCAAGACAGAUUCACCAACGGUGAGUCUCUCAAACAUUAUGUUGUCCAACUCCUUCUGGAUCCCAUACCCAUUGAGCCGUGACAAGUCACAGCAACAUUAGUUAUAGUUGAGCAUCCUAAAAUUAUAAAGUUUUAGAAAAAAAUCAUGGUCUUUAGUUGGGAUUAAUUUUUUUUAUUGAAUUUUUUCAAUCUAAUCUUUUAUAUUUCAGCACCCAUCUUUUUACUUUUUCAAUAGUCAUCUUUAGCAUUUCCAGUACUCAAUUUUUCAUUUUUUUAAAUAGUCAUCUAUGAUGUCUCCAAUACUUUUCCAUGAUUUCAGUACUGAAAAAAAAAAAUUAAAGAUAGGUGUUUCGUAGUACUGAAAACAAGAAAUAUGGGCAUUGAAAACAUCUAAGAUGACUAUUGAAAAGUUUAAAAAUCAAGUACAGGAAGUGAUGCUAAAAUAUGAGUGCUGAAAAUAUGAAAGAUGAAUGCUGAAAAUAAAAUUUUGAUUCCAGUUAAGGACUAUGGUUCUAUGUUGAAAUUUUAAAAUUUUAGGAUUCUUAACUAUAAAUAAUAUUAUUAGAGGGUCUUUAAAUGUCAUUCUCCCUACAUUUUAUACUUAAGACCUGUUAUUUUAAUUUUUUCUUGUCAAGUUUGUUGGUGAUAUGGAUUACAUGUCCAAGCCACUUCCUAUGUUUGCAAAGUUUGUGCGUGGUCCUCCUCUGUUCGAGGCAUGAAUAAAAGUGAUCACAUUAUAGUGGGUCUAACUUAUCUUAUCUGGUGUCG